UACCACCUCAUGGCCCUCCUUUCAGACACAGAGGGUCUUGUGGUAUUCCUCCACCUGGGCCACCACCUGGACCUUGCGGACUAUCUUCAGCACCGGAUAGCCAUUUCCACGGCAACAGGACACCGAGAGGGCAUUUCAUCAGCGUACGUACCCAAUAAGAUAAUAAAGCUAGCUAAUCUUUUCAAAUUACAUGAGUUAAAUAAUGGGUUAGCUAGCAUAACCUAAAUCUAAACACGAAUAAACAUCAUAGACCACUGUGAGUGGUAGUUAGCUACACAUGUAGCUAGCUGUUGUACCCCAUGAGUAAACAGCAUUAUGUGUUCUUUUAUAGCUUUUCCAGUGAAACGUGUACAGAGGCCUCGCUUUAUGUAUUUAUGCAGACGUAGCUACGCUGUACAUACGGCAUCAGUUGUGUUCAGAAUAAGAAACCGGUCUUAAGUAUAGUGAUUUUUGACAGAGACCUCGUCCAGUGUGGUCUGGGUGUAUUUUGCAAGUUUCCUUAACUUUCACCUUAACUGCAGACUUGUUAUCUUGUUGAAAUAGUUUGGUGUUCUCCCCCUCUUGCCAGUCCUGUUUACCAUUAAUUUUCUUCUUUAUAUAAAAUCAGCGGUGUUUACCCUCAGCUCAGUGUAGGCCCAUGGGUAAAGUUAUCCGUGCCUGAUCUAAAAGAGACCUAAGCAUAAGAUUUUCUAAUUUUAUUCCUAGACAGUCACAGCUGGCCUCAACUGAAGAAUCACAUUCCUUUUUUUCCACAUUCCACAAUGUCCAGGCCUCUCUGAUGCUCCUCACAGAUGAGACAGGCAGCAGUUGCAUUAGACUCAGUUGUUCACUUCAGUUGUCCUUCUUUAAUGUUUAUAGAGACACAUUAAAGCAUCACACAGUUUGGAUGCACUAAGUUGAAAGUGGAGGAAAAAAAUGAUGCUACUUUUUUUUUUAUCUUGCUAGAAUGUGAAAAGACCUGUUUAGAAAUUUGUGGGAAAAAAUAGUAAUAAUAAUAGUAAAAAUUCUAGAUUAAUUUGUGGGCCAGUUUUAAAACCCCUGACCUCAAGAGCUUUGAUCUAAUGUAUCAAUAAUAAAACCAGUGAAAGAACACAGAUGCAAGUGGAUCAUGUAGCUAACAAAUAUUUAUUUGGCUAUUUAUUUUAUUUUUAGAUUAUGUCAGUAGUUUACUUGUGAUCAUAGUUUUUAGGUUAUGACAUUACGUGUUCUAUCAGAGCUACAGUUCAGUUUAUGUGAAAGUGUAAAGCUCUUCUAAUGCCCCAUUCAUACCGACACAGUGACACAAGUUAAACUUGUGUCAGGGGUCUGUCUGAAUGGGUCAUCUUGCGUUGGCUGGGUUGAACAUGCUGCUCUGCAUUGGUGAACUGGUGUUGCCACCAGACGUGAAAAUAAAUUAAAUGAUAACUAAUAUAAAUAUAAUUUAAUCAACCCACUGAAAAAAAGAGAGAGAGGGAGAGACUCAGCUACAGGCAAAUAGCACACAUGAGUGAUCAAGUUAGAGAGUGAGAGCAAUGAACAUAGGCGAAACUUAACUUUUAACUGGUAAAUUAUUUGAUUAUUUUUGAUAUAAUUCUUAGGUUUAUCAGUCAAGAGCAACAUGUCAGACCAGAGUCUCUGCUGACAGUGAAAAGCAGGUUGGCAGCUCACUUUCUGAAAGUGGCAUAAGAGCUUUGGAUCAGCUACAUUUAUAGGCGUAAGACCUGGGUCAUGAGUUCUUCUACGUGAUUCCCAUCAAGAUUUUUAAACCUGUUCUGUACAAUAACAGCAGCUGAAUGUGGCGAGGUAUAAGUAAAACUAUUCUUACAUGGCAUGUAAAUCUGUGGCUGUGAAGCUAGAAAGUGCUGUUUGCAGCUACGAUUGAAUUUCGGUCCUGUCAGGCCACAGAAGCAUUCUCACGCAUGCAUCCUGGCUACCACGCAGUUCCCAUUUUCCUCACAGCUGUGCUGCAGAAGUCAUUUCAGUUGACGACGGACAUUGCGGUUAAAUUUGCCGGCACAGUACAGAUCAGCCACCCGCACUGGCCACAACGCUUUAUGAGCCUGCUUUACAUCAGAGAUGGCAAUGAAAAAUACAAAGGAAUCAAGGAUCGGCAGAGCCAGCGACCGCGCAGAAAGGUGUUUGCAGUUUCAUUCUGUAACUGGAAAAAGAGGAAGGAACUUGUGGAGGCACAGACAAAGCUACACUACUGGUUUACUAAGUGCUUUAUUUACUCACAUCUUCUGCCAACUGAAUAAAUGUAAAUGUAGCUGUGUAGAAGUAUAGUCAAAAGGAAAAAUUUAAGUGAAAGUUUCUUAAAAUUGCACAGUAAUAUGUGUCUAUUCACAAUAUAUUAACAUCUUUCCUGUUUAUUUAUUGGAUUUUAUUAUUUUUUUUAAGACAAGAUGCUGUAAUAUAUGAGCUGCAGACUGCAACAAAUGCUCAUGCUUUGGUACAAAUUCAGAACUUUUAAACUGUGUAAAUGGACAGUUUAGAAAGACAUCUGUCCGCGAGGGCUGUCCUCUUUUCACAAGGGUGAUUUUGAACAAGUGCGUAAUUUGUUCAAAUCAAUUCAGAGGCAGCCCAUAUAACGUUUUACAAUUAUUACAGUUGUUUCUAAUGUUCAUGAUGAUGAUGAUUAUUAUUAUUAUUUAUGUCUGACUGUACGUUUUUCCCAACACUUUUGUCCACUUUGUUUGACUGUUUAUAAUCCAUGUAAUUAUUUAUUUCAUUGUAUGUAAAAAAGCUAGGGCUGUCACAGUGCAGGAAUUUCCCCAUACAAUGACUUACAGUGGCUCAACAGCACAUUAUGCAUUAUUAGCACCAUGUGUUUUUUGUUUUUGUUUGUUUUUUUGGGUUUUUUUGCAAAUGACUUCUUUUAUCCUGAUUUUAGUACUAUAUAAAAAUACGCUUUAUUGUUUGGCUAUUAUUAGGUAUAUUAUUUAUAUUUAGUUUAUUGUAUGCUUGUCUUUUCAGAGGCAGAGCACCACUUCACCCACAACUUUGAGAUUACUAUCUUUAUCUAAAUGGUAGAGACAGCAGCAUAGAACUCUUCAGUUGUGUUUGUAAAUCAGUAAACCAGUGAGCUGCUGCCAUCAGUUUCAGUCAGAACACGAUCACAGCCGUUUUUACUGUAAAUAAUAGAUGAAUAAGUACACAUAAGGGGUUGUUUGUCUUUGUUUUUUGUUUGUUUUCAGAAAUAUCCAAAAAUAACAGCACUUUCCAUGAUGAAUUACAAAGCUACAAAGCCCCUGGAAGAAUUAGAGUAAAUCAUAACUCAUAACAAAAAAAGUUUUUGAAGCAAAUCCACAACAUUAUAGAAAUAUUUCAGAUUACAUAAACAUUAAUCAAAGUAUCAGACAUAUACUUUUCCAGUCGUCAGCUGCUGGAGCGACCACAGGGCUUUACCAUUCAAUAUACACACUGAAGUUAGAAACGAAGAGAAAACUUGAACACAGUUAAAGCAGUUGCUUACCAUCUCCUGUUGUUGGCCUGUCUGUAUUGAGGUAUUGCAAUUAUUGUAACAGCCCUACUUACAGCCUUACAGCACGGAGUAGCUACUGUGGAUGUGGCGUAGACGUCUUGUUUAAAUAUGGAACUUGCAAAAAGAGUAGUUAUCAGCUUGAAGUAAAGAUCAGUUUGAUUGUGUGUUAGACAUAGAAAAUGAAUUUCUCAAAUUCAUUUUCAAAUUCUCAAAUUCUCAAAACAGCAUGUAAUGUUCCUGUUGUGUUCUGCACAAAAUACAGCAGAAAUGUUAAAGAAAACCUGUUAACUGUCUUUCUUUAAGGUAGUCCCUGGGCUCAGUACUAGCAACACGCUGCACAUUUUUCACUAUUCUGCAAGAAAUACCACCAGCAAUAGAAAUACAAAUGAUCAUACAACACUGUCUGGAUUAUUUCAAGUGCAGAAAACGGACAUAUAGUAAAAAGGGAGUACCAUUCUCUGACAAGCAGCACGCCCAUAACCUGAAUUUGUUGUUGUGUUAAGGGGUUAACACACCUCCUAGCUGAUGUGCACCAUUUCAGCAAUUCUGCAAGUUAUGUACCAUCAAAUACUUAAAUACAUCUACUUGAUAAAAGACUUUAUAAGAUUAUGUCUUUAAAAUUAAGCUUGUCCCUAAAAAGUGUCUCAGAAGAGCAGUCAAGCAAUGAGAUAAUAAGAGUUUGGUUGGAUCAAACUGUUAUUAAUCAAGUUACCCUGAGUCUCCUGAAAACAUUUGUUUGCAUACAGUUUACAUUCUUACAUUCAAAAUAUGUCAGUUGACCAGAGAUGACCAAACCUUUGCAUACAACUGUAUGAUCAUUAAAACAUAAAUCUCUCGUUGUGUAGCUUGUUCAUCAGUCACGUAUUUACACUCCCUCCUGUCAGACCUCUUGGUGGUAGCAUUUUUGAGCUCCUCACACCAAGACACCAUGUAAUGAGAGUAUUAAGGAUAAUUCUUGGCUGCUGACAAAUGAUUCCUUCUCUUAUCCGUUUCUAGAGUGAGCACAUUGUGAGAUGCUUUCAACUCGUUUUGACUUUCCAGGAGUUUAUUUCCUCUGUGGCAGAAAAGCCAUCACACAAGCCUGUAGGUUAAUGUGGGCCUUUAGGUCAUCUAGGCUGUUAUAAAAGCAUUGACUCAAGCAUCCUGAUUAUUUGUUACUAUGUUAUCGCGGUUGAGCUACUGAGCAUAUUCAAUCUGUGAAUACAAUUUGCGACAAGAUGCAACGUCAGUCCUUGGGAAAUUGUAAAAAACGUCUUUACACUGUGAUGUAACCUCAGACAAUUUAAACAGUUGCUAUUUUGAUCUCUUAAAUGUGUAAAUGUCUAGCAUUCUGUGUGCAGUUAUUCAGAGAUUUAAAAACUCUGAAUUCGUGCAGCUAUCCCUUUUGAAUACAAAUUUCCUAUAAUUUGUAAAUCCAAUUUGUAAGUGUUGGCUUUGUGGAACACCAUUUUAAUGGUCACACAGAGUAAAAAUGCCAAAAAUAUGCUAUUGCAGUUCUGACUUGUACAGCACUAUAACAUGAAUUUUGAAUACUCUCAGCCCCACUGUAGCAGCUUCUCCAUAGACCAUAGUACAGUGAUUGCUAUGGGAGGCAGCCAACAGAUCGUCCCUCAUGCAGAACCACCACACCUUCAGAUCCCACAGUGGAAUCCCACUUCUGUGGACCAUCAUCUUCCAGACAGCAGUGACCGAGCUAGUGAGGAAUUCUUGAGAUGCAUUGCAGCCAACAAGCCUCUCCCCGACUAUCUGAAAGGGAACAUGGCAUACAACCUUGCUGAUGCAUUUAAGUCGGCCAGCGUCCUGAAAGACGCAGCAAAAUCAGACCCUGUGUUUCAGAAGCUUUUGGCCAGGAGCAAAACCCACAGUCGAAGCAGAAGUCGUGGCAGAAGCCGCGGGAAAUCUCGAGCCAAGAGCCGUGGACGAAGCAGAAGCCAAAAACGCAGCCGAAGCAGAGGAAGGAGCAAAAGCCGUGCUCGUGGCAAGAGUCGGGCGAGGAGCAAAAGCAGGGCAAGAAGCAAAAGCAGGCCUCGCAGUAGGAGUCGAAGUCGAAACCGAAGCAAGAAGAAAAGCCAUGCACGGAGCAAGAGCCGGGUCAGAAGGUCCAAGUCUCGAAGUAGCAGUAGUGAAAAGAGCCAUGCUAAAGGCAAAAAGAGAAAGAGGAGCCCCAGCCCCAGCUGUAGCAGCAGUGUUAGCAACAGUAAUAAGCUGACAGGGAGAAGUCUGUUAGAAGGACUGAAGUUGGUCAUGAACAGCAAAGAACUGGAAGAGCGGCUUCCCACCCUCAAAGAUGCCAUCCUCACCAUCCAGGCCUCUGAUGACAGCAAAAAAGCGCAGUGUGUGGGGAAUGAGUACAAACAUCAGCAAGUACAGUACGACAGUCAGGAGAAUUCAUCAUCACUGGAAAACGACAGCGUGCUCCUUCCCCAUGAGAGAGUAGGCAGUGACUUCUCUUGGCUCCAACCACAAAGUCAAGAGGAUUCCACGGUCAGGAAAGCUGAUGAGCUCGAUGACGAGGAGUCGUUUUUGUACGGAAAUGAAGACACUGGAGCGAAACAAGCCUACAAAAUGGACCUUUCUCCUCUUUGCAGUCAACAGGAUCAUAAGUCAAAGCCCUUAUUCAGUAGCUUUGGGGAUCCGCUUGAUCUGACGCAACCCCUUCAAGUGACUUCCUCAAGUGUAGCCGCUGCCAAUCUGGACAGCAGUGAGUGUGAGAAGAUCAAGAACAUAUUAAAAAGUCUGGGCACAGCAGACAUCGGCAAGAUGAUGGGGAAAAUGAAGGGGCAGAGGGAGGAGAAGCAGCCGUCUCCUGCGCCUCUUGGUUCAGACCCAAAGGCAGCGAGCUUGGCAAUGCCAGCGAUGAAUAACCCAAAUGUACGACAGGCUCUGGAAUCUCUUCAGUCCCUGAUCAAAGCAACUAAGGAGAAGCGGGCGAAGAGUGACGGCAGUGGCACAUCUCAGGCGUCUCAGACCUCUGACAAACAGAAGGCGAUUGAUGAUGAGGAAAGGAAGAGAGAGAAACAAACCAAAAUAAGUAAAGUGGAAUCCCUGGUGAAAGAAUUGGAGGAAUUGCUGAAACAAGACGGAUUGAGUUCUCUGGUACCAGUGAUUGGAUUUUAUUGCAAGGAUUGUGAGGAGUUCAUCGGAGAUUUUAAUUGUGCUGAGAAGCAUGCAGCUAUCCACCAACAUAGUAACUCUGAUGCUCAGAAAGUGCUGAUGGGUAAGCAGGCUGGAGACAGCAGAGGACAUUCACACAGCUUUAGCAGCAGCAGUAAUCAACAGCCACACCCCUCAGACAAGAGAGAUCACCAUAGGGACUACAGCUAUCAGAAAGAUUUAGGAAACCACAGACAUCACAGAGACUACCAACAAGACUGGAGAGACGGGAGAGAUCACAGAAGCAAACCAGAUGACGAUCACAGAAAUCACAGAGCGAGUCAGGGAAAAAUCUCCUUGGAAGAGGAGAUGAGCAAGGAGAGGAUGCUCAUAACAGUGUCCCGAGGACCGGCACCUCCUUCAGAUGUCAGGGUCAAGGAGGAGGUGAACAAGGAGCAGGCCCUCAGGAGCCACGACAAAGUCAAAGUGGACAAAGACAAAAAGCACAGUAGAGAGAAAUACGGCAGUGAAAAAGGUAAAAGCAGUGACAGCAGUGACGACGACAAAGGAAAAACACCUAAAGUCAAAUCGCCGAAAAAGAAAAAGAAGAAGAAGGAGAAAAAGAAGAAGAAGGCGAAGGGUAAUAAGUCGUAACAGCUUUGUCAGUUUUUUAAUCUUGUCAGAUUCCUGAGAUGAUGUCAGCUGCUUGUUGAGCAAGUUUCUAAACUUAAAUGUAAAUAUGUAGUUUUUUUUUUCUUGGUCUUCCCACUUUGUUCUGUUUUUUGUAAGUGUGAUCAGAAGAUGGAGGUCGGCUUUCGGGAGUGAGUCAUUGUACUUGAAGGAACAGCCAGACAUAUUAGGAAGUGCACUUGUUUGCAGUCAGCCUUAUUCGAAGGAAAAGAUUAAUAAUCAGCAUCAUCUUUGUGCAUCUGGUACAGCGAAGAGUUUAAGCUGUAGUCAGUCUGCUGUGCUAACCAAGGCUUAACACAUCCAGACUGACACACACAGAGAUGAAAUGAAUAUAAAUCUUCUCUUUUAGCUGUCGCCAUAUUUUAAAACAUGCAUUUUCCAAAAGAUUCUGACGUUUCAAAUAUGUCCUCAUGGCUUCAUCUUUUAAUUCAAUGUGUUGUAUGUUUCUCGCUGUCAUUGUUACUGUGUGUAUAUUUUCCAAGGGCCAACAGCACUGCAGUGUUAGAAAUGUAACAUUUCAAGCUGAGUUCCAUUUUGAUCUGACUUGUCUCCAUUUUUAUCUGAAAUCCAAGAUGGCAACCAUGUAUCCUGUGGUGACUUUCUACAUGAAAAUACAGGAAUAUGUGUACAGCUUAAUAAAAGAAGUUUAAAAAGUCAAAUGUUGUCACAGCUGUUCAUCUCUUUAUAGUAGGUCUGCAGAAUCCUGCAGAGCUAGUGGGAUAGGAAAUCAGUCGUUCGGUAUAAUCAGAAUUUUCUAACCAAAACUUCUGAGUGCUACAUCAGAGGAGGUCGGGGUGAAUGCUGGCGUCAGGACUUGUACCUUCAUAGAGCUGGGUGUCCAUCCUGUGCCUAACAUG